GAAAAUUACUAGGAACAAUAUAAGCUCCUUAGGGCUUUUGUAUAAACAACAGGACAUCAACAAACACAUUUUAUGUGAAGCAAUUAUCACCCGUGUUUGUGGUUUUUAUACCAUUUAUUAUGCCCCCUAGGAAUCCUUUCUCGGUCCCUUUUUCUACUGAAUGCAAACAGUGCUCGGAUCUUCAGGUUGCUCUGCUUGAUGCAUAUAAAUUCUCUGGAUGUCCCGAUACUAGAAAAGCUUGAGGAGGCAAAGGAGCAACACUGGUCACUAGCUAAGGCCUGAAAAGGAUCAAAUAACAAGCACAGCCUCGGAUAAGAGCAGUUAUACGACUUGUUUGCCAACAGAAUAAUGAACACGACGGAGGAACCCUCGAUGCCAAAAGCAGAGAGUCUUACAGCAGACCCUUGCCGUGACAGCAUUAAACUCCAAGCAAACUUCACUCAAAUCUCAGAGCCGGUCCGUUACGCCAGUUUUGUGUUAUCCGUCCUCACCUGUGCCUUGGGCUUAGUCGGCAAUGCUCUUGUUAUCUGGGUAACUGGAUUCCACAUGAAGAAACACAGGUCCAAGAUUUGGUUUCUGAACUUGGCCGUGGCAGAUUUUGCCUUUGCCCUCUGCUUGCCUCUUUAUUGUGUUGCCUUAUUUACAGACAACUGGCCAAUCGGACGAUACUCAUGUAAAGUGUAUAAUUAUGUCUCUACGUGUAAUAUGUAUGCAAGUAUUUUUAUCAUAACUACCCUAACCAUCGACAGAGUUUUGGCAACGGCUAAACCAAUAUGGCACCAUAAGUUUGCCUCUCGCCGUAUUUGUUACUCAACCUGCGCAGUGAUUUGGGUAAUAACGGCUCUGUCCAGCCUUCCGGUAUUCCUUUUAAGUGAGACAGUUAUUCAUGGUGAAAAUGUGCAGUGCAAGUUGGUAAAUGCUGAAAAGAGCUCAGCUACACUCGGCAUUAGGAAAAGACAGGAGCCACAGUCUGGAAGCUCUCUAGAAACUUUAUCUGUCCCCGAAACAUCAUGUGACGUGGAUAUUGCAGAAAAUUACUUUUUAACAAAAAGCAUUCUAAUUCCUUUCCUAGUGGUUGGUUACUUUAUCCCACUGCUUGUCAUACUAUUCUCCAAUAUAAUUAUUGCUCAUCAAGCCGGGAAAUCCCAAUCAGUGAAGUCUCCCAGACUGUACAGAAUUAUAAUAGUGGUGAUUCUGUUUUUCUUUCUGACAUGGACACCGGUGGUUAUAGCACAGAUUAUUUUGCUGGUCUCUCUGAACAAUCACAACUUAAUACUCAUGUCCCAGAUACACAGGAUUAUGCCUCUGAUGACCAGCAUAGCGUAUACUAACUCCUGUAUAAACCCUUUCAUAUACGCACUGGCUGGUACCCAGCUUAGAGAAGAAAUUUCAGGUUUCAUAAGUAGCACAAGAAAGUCACUUUCAAAAAGUUCAACCUCUGGCAGAUCUUAUGUAGAACAAUAAUAAAGAGUUAUACUAUAUUUAAUAGGGACGCACCGAAUCCAGGAUUCAGUUCGGUAUUUGGCCAGGAUUCAGCCUUUUUUGGCAGGA